AUGGCAGUUUUUGCCCUUGAACAAGUGUCGCUGGCCUUCGACCGCGUGCCGUUACUGGACGAGGCGGCGCUGCAAGUCGAAUCCGGUGAGCGGCUCGCCUUGGUGGGACGCAACGGCAGCGGUAAAUCCACGCUCCUCAAGCUGCUGGCCGGCGAUUUGCUGCCCGAUGCCGGCACGGUGCACCGCGCCCAUGCGCUGCGCCUGGCGCUCGUGCCGCAGGAGCCGGUGCUUGAUCCCGAUCACACCGUCGAGCAGGCGCUCACCAAUGCCCUGGGCGCGGUGGGUGAAGUCGUCGCCGAUUAUCACCACGCCACUGCCCAACUGACCGUCGCGCAGGGCGCCGAGGCCACGGCGUUGAUGACGCGCCUGCACACCCUGCAGACGGAACUGGAGCGCCAGGACGGCUGGCGCCUGCACACGCAGGUGGAGACCGUGCUGUCACGGCUGCAACUCGAUCCCACCGCACGGGUUGGCGCGCUUUCCAGCGGCUGGCAGCGCCGGGUGGCCCUGGCACAGGCCCUGGUCGGCGAUCCCGAAUUGCUGCUCCUGGACGAGCCGACCAACCAUCUCGACAUCGGCUCCAUCGAGUGGCUCGAAUCCUACCUGCUGAGCUUCCCCGGCACGCUCGUUUUCGUCACCCACGACCGCGUCUUCCUCGACCGCCUGGCCACCGGCAUCGUCGAGUUGGACCGCGGGCGGCUGCGGCGCUUCCACGCAAACUGGACGGCCUACCGCGAGCACAAAAACGCCCUGUUGGCCGUUGAGGACACCGAAGCCGCGCAGUUCGACAAGCGCUUGGCGGAGGAGGAAGUCUGGAUACGCCAAGGCGUACGCGCCCGCCGCACGCGUAACGAAGGCCGCGUGCGCCGCCUGAUGGCCAUGCGCGAAGGCCGGAGCGCACGCCGCGAGGUGGCGGGGCAGGUCAGUUUCACCCUGAGCAGCGGCGCGCGCUCCGGCCAGAUGGUCGUCGACGCCGAGGGCAUCAGCAAAACUUUCGACGACUAUGGGGUGCUGCGCGAUUUCUCGGCCCGCAUCAUGCGCGGCGACCGCAUCGGCCUGGUCGGGCCGAACGGCAUCGGCAAAUCGACGCUGAUCAAAAUCCUCAUGGGCGAACUGCUGCCGGACGCCGGACGCCUGCGCUUCGGCACCAAGCUGUCAAAGGUCUAUUUCGAUCAGCGGCGCGCCCAGUUGGACCCCGAAGCCACCCUGUGGGAAACCCUCUGCCCGCACGGCGGCGAUCAGGUCAUGGUGGCCGGCAAGCCGCAUCACGUGGUCAGUUAUCUGGCGGAUUUCCUGUUCCCACGCCAGAGCAUCCGGGCGCCGGUCAAGACCCUGUCCGGCGGCGAGCGCAACCGCCUGCUGCUGGCGCGGCUGUUCACGCAACCGGCCAAUCUCCUGGUCCUGGAUGAGCCGACGAACGAUCUCGACACGGAGACGCUGGAACUGUUGGAGGGAUUGCUGGCGGAGUACGACGGCACCCUGCUGCUGGCAUCCCACGAUCGCGCCUUUCUGGACGGCGUGGUGACGUCGAUUUAUGCCUUCGAGGGCAAGGGGCGGGUGCGGGAGUAUGUCGGGGGAUACAGCGAUUGGCAGCAGGGCUUUGCAAGCGCCGCCCACGGCCAAACGGCGUCCGGCGGCGGCCUCAACCAAGCAGCCUCGACGACGAGCGCUGGCCUACAAGGAGCAACGCGAGCUCGAAGGGCUGCCGGAAUCCAUCGAAACCCUGGAAAACGAGCAGACGAUCCUGCACGCCCAGCUUGA